AAUGUCACUGUGAUAAUGAUUAUCUCCGCGUUUUGAUAACUAUCUUGUAUCAACGAGAUGACAUUUAUUAGACUACAUCUCCGACUUUUCCUUGUUACUAGUUCCACAGUUUCAAGACUAACGAGGGGCUAACAUGGCGCUUCUCGUUAUUUCACUCUUGUUGAUGGUAUCCCCGAGUAAGCAGGUGUGCGCUCCAAAUUGUACAGGUGUUGAUCCGGGCGCAGAGGUUCGGGAUCCGAGGGACUUCACCAAAUACUACAUUUGCCUCGACACUGACGAGUCCGGCAUCUUAUCAGCCUCUGUCGAAUCCGUGCUAUGUCCUCCAGGCAAGUACUUCAACGACACCAGGCACAAGUGUGAGCUCAUCAGUACGAAUCCGAGCAUUUCCCUGACCCGAACCUGUGACCCGUGCCAAGUUGACUGCCCUGCCCCAUUCGUCGUCACGCCACACCCGACCAUCUGCAGCCUGUAUUACGUGUGCCUCGCGGAUGGACAUACCCUCCAGCAGCAAUGCUUCAGGGGCUACUACUUCAACUACCACACAGGAUUAUGCACCGAGGAUGAGAGUCAGUGUUACAACUAUUGUGAUCCUUACGAACCUCACUGCACGUAUGUCAACCAGAAAAUCCCACACCCUCUUGACAACACCAAAUUCUACCUUUGUACUCUAGACGGCCCUGUUCGAUUUCAGUGCCCAGGUAACAUGCCUUUUCAGGAGGACAGUCUUUUGUGUGAUAGCUACCUCGUCGAUGGGCAUAAUGCUGCCUGGAAAUAUGGUACAAGUGACAAACAUCUCUUUUCCUUUCUAGUCAUCUUUUUCGUCUGUCUGUCUUUGGUAAAAUGAAUGAUGACAGGAAAUAAAAUUUCAAUUGACAGA